AUUCAUUCAUCAAAGAAAAGCAAUUCCUAAAACGCAUGACAGUUAGACUUGACAGUGCUGUCACAAAAAUAUAUAAAAUAACGUGAUAUUUUAAUUGUAAAUAAUCCUUUAAUUAACAAAUUAAACAUGUCGGAUAACAAGGAAGUUGACAAAUCUAAUGUCGACCCGGAAUUGGACGAUUUACUUGAAAGUGCUCUCCAAGACAUGACGAAGAAGCAGGCGGGCGCUGCGGCGGAGGGCUCCGGCGAGGUGCCCUCCAACAUGUGGAGCGAGGAGUUCAUCAAAGAGGCUGCGGCACAGUUCGAGAGCAACAUGUCGGCUAUACUCAGCAGUUUCAGUGGCGUGCCUGAGGACCAAAUAACACAGGAGCAGAUUGCACAGACGUUCACAAAAAUGGCAGAGGCAGCAGCUCAUGUGCUAAAACCUGAAGGUGCUCCUGAGGAGGCUGGAGUGCCUUCCGUAGCGGCAGUAGACCCUGAAGUCCAAGGGAAUAUAGAUGAGGUAUCAGCAGCGAUAUCACAGACUCUGAAGAACUUGAACACGAAUUCCGAAACACUGAAUACUCCGUUCAACGACCAAGACUUAGCCAGUAUGUUUAACAACAUCACUCUCGGUGAAGGCCAGCAAGAAGGCAACAUGUUCGUGCCGUUCAUGCAAGGCAUGAUGCAGUCCCUCCUCUCCAAGGAGGUGCUGUAUCCCUCCCUGAAGGACCUGGUGGACAAGUACCCCGCGUGGCUCGCUGACAACAAGGGCAAGAUCGAACAGAGUGAAUAUGAGAGGUUUGAGAAGCAGCAGAAGCUAAUGGAACAGGUGUGUGCUGAGCUGGAGCCGGAGCAAGAGUCAGACCCUGACGACAUCAAGAGGAAGAGGUUCGAAGUCGUACUCGAUCUGAUGCAGAAAAUGCAAGACCUAGGCCAGCCCCCCACUGAGCUAGUAGGGGACAUGGGCCCCCCGCAGGGGUUCGCUUCCCCGGCCGUGCCAGACGCGGCGCAAUGCAACAUCAUGUAGUAAACCACACAUUGGUAACAUCACAUUGAACCAAUCAAUUAUAUUACAAUUAUAAAAUGACAUAUUUUCUGAACAUGUAUCGAAAUUUCGAUACCGAGUAUGGUGCGACUCGAAUUUCCAAUUCUUGAAUGGAAACUACUUAAUUAUGCUAAAUGGCUUAUAAACUAAACAAAUAUAUGUGUAAAAUGUUUUUAAAGAUGUAUCGGAUUUUUUUCCGGAAAUGGAAUUGUGCCCAGUAUAUGGCAAUAGGCUCACCCCUAUUACAUGGGACUUAUAACACAAAUGGUGAAAAGUGUGUGUACAUUGUAUAGCGUCAUUACGUGCCGUAAUGUGCACCUCUGCCUACCCCUUCGGGGAUAAAAGGCGUGACGAUAUGACUAUCAGAAUUUCUAUAUUAACUUAUUAAGUAUCGAAUUUCCGAUACAUUUUUAUGCAUUUUGUAUCGAUAAAAAUACAGAAGAGUGCUCGAAGUAUUACUCGAAAAAUAGAUCUUUUUAUAAAAUCUAUCGUGAGACAUACUGAAUUAACUAAAAAUCACGGUUUACUCACUUACAUUAAUGGAGAAAAGCUCUACUAGUUUCGAGUAGGCUACGCGACGUCGCAGCGUCUGCGCACGCUGCAAAGUCAAAGUCAAAGUCAAAAUUAUUUAUUUCAAAUAGACCAGGAAGGCACUUUUGAACGUCAAAGCUCAUGCUGCUUAUGAUGAAGAGUCCCUCUGUGACUCGAAACUAGUAGAGCUUUUUUCUAUUAAUUUACGUGAGUAAAUCGUGAUUUUUACUUCAUUCAGUAGGUAAUACGACUCACCCCCUAUUACAUGGGACUUAUAACAUAAAUGGUGAAAAAAAUAUCAAAAAAAACUAAAUGCAAUGUUAUGUUUUUUUGUAAGAAUUUGAUUUGUUCAAUGUAAUGUUAGAGCCUUAUUUUAGUUCGUAGAAAAUCAGUAUACAAUAUAGUAGCAUUGUAAUAUAUAGAAUUUUUAAAAUAAAAUAAAAAAAGUUUUCGAUUGAUCCAGUCAACAAGGAUGUAGCGAGGUUGACUGUCCAGGCGACACACGUACUUAGGUAUCGUCAUGAGCUAAUGUUCACAUGUAAACAGCAGCUCAUGUAGUGUAGAUGUCCAGUCAACAAGGAUGUAGCGAGGUUGACUGUCCAGGCGACACACGUACUUAGGUAUCGUCAUGAGCUAAUGUUCACAUGUAAACAGCAGCUCAUGUAGUGUAGAUGUCCAGUCAACAAGGAUGUAGCGAGGUUGACUGUCCAGGCGACACACGUACUUAGGUAUCGUCAUGAGCUAAUGUUCACAUGUAAACAGCAGCUCAUGUAGUGUAGAUGUCCAGUCAACAAGGAUUUAUUUCAACGUAUUAACAUUUAUGAGUGUUUGCUAAUGUCCUUAGGAGUUUUUAUUGAUGUUAGUUAUUCAUUUCUUUAUUAAAUUGAAGGUAAAUUCUAUUUAAAAGACAAAUUAUGUUGAAAUAAGUGUUUUAUCUUAAAAACUAAAGCGUAUUUAUAGCUUCUACCAAGGCUUUGCCCGCGUUACUGUCAUAAAAAGUACCCUAUAUGUUAUUCUGGACUAUAAACCUAUCUGUUUUUAUUAUAACUUUCAUAAGACAUACUAUUUUUUUUUAACCUUGCCCGCACGGAGCAACUGUUUGUGUGAUCCACAAUUGUUGUUCCGGGUCUGGGUGUCAUGUGUAUGUGAACUUGUAUGUUUGUAAACGCACCCACGACACAGGAGAAAAUCCUAAUGUGGGCCAACGUUUUAUAAAAAAAUAUCACAUAGUCUGGAAUUGUAUAUGGCAAUAGACUCACCCCCCUAUUACAUGGGACUUAUAACAUAAGUGGUGCAAAAGUUUUUAAGGUAAAACACUUAUAUUUACAUAUGAAUUGUAUAUAUUAUAUAAUGCUCAUUAUAUUUCUUGAAAAAUACUUGAUUUUGUCGAUUGUACAGUGAUAUACAGAAACUACAGAGCGCCACCUACUACGCUCCUUACAUACUUCUUUAGCUUUUAUCACAUGGAUCGACGAAAUCAAUUAUUUUGAUACAACCAAAAAUUCAUUUUUAAAUACUUUUAACUCACAAUAGUUUUAAAAAGGUAUAAACAUAAUAUAUUAUGUAUGAAUUAUAUAGAAUCGAAAAGAACAUGUGCAUUUUUAUACUAAACGUAGUAUUUUAAAUAAUUGGUGAUGAAUUUUUAAACAUAGGAUUUUGACAAAAAAUAUCAAAAUAUUUAAUCGGCUCUUUGAGUGCCAAAUAUUUUCUUUAACAUGUAGUAAUGCUGCUUAGCUCCUAUUGGUCGUAGCGUAAUGUGCGCGGAUAAAAAGUAUCCUAUGUUAUAUUCCAGAUCAUAAUCUACCCCUGUUCCAAAUUUCAUCUCGAUCCCUUCAGUCGUUUUGACAUGAUUGAGUAAUAAACUUUCGCAUUUAUAAAAUAUUAGUUAGGAAACUCAUUACUAUGUGUUAAAUUGAAUUAAUUUAAAGAAAUACAUUUUAAAAGAACGAUAAAAUUAUGUUAAUGAAUGGGAUACGCCCAAAGGCAAGCGUCCACAGGCCCGCAUCGUACGCAUCGCACGCAACGGAUUUUAGUUUGUCUUGUAUAGAAACUCAUACAACUGCGUCCACUGAUCCGCAUCGUACGGACCGCAUCAUCGGCAAUGCCUACAUGCGAUGCGUACUGAUGACGUCAUACGGAAUGCGUGCGAUGCGGGCCUGUGGACGUUUACCUUAAUAUCGGUGACCAGAAUUAAGCCUUUUAAAUAUGGUUGGCGGCUAUUUUAAUAUUAUAAUUUAAAUUAAAUAUGUAUUACCUAUACCACAUUGGUCCAGUUGUUGCAAGCACGACUAUCGUUCACGAUAUCCAAGGUACUAUUCCCGGAUCAGUAUCCUUAGUUAUUUUUUGCUUUACGUUUAAAAUCGAAACUAGAGUGCGUUCGGCGUUCUGAUUGGUUAGUUCAUUCGCUGGCCAAUCAGAGCGCCGAACGCGGUCUCGUUUCGUUUUCGUUCAACGUAAAGCAAAACUCAUACAAAGGGUACAGAGACUCAUUUGUGAAAUUCUCAGUAAUAGCGCAGAUUCUGGGAUAAUACCGUGUUUAUAUAAAAUGAAAAAAUAUAUCUAAAGAUAAAAAACAUUGACAUUUGGUUCCUAAUAAAUGAGUGUAAAAGUAAGAAGCAUAAUUAAUUAAUGUAUUUAUUUAAUAUCCUCUUAAAAUUACAUUUUUAAAUACAUACGUACAUAAGCUCACGCCUGUCUCCCAUGGGGGUAGGCAGAGACAAUGGACGCCAAUUGCUAGGUACUUCAGGCGCAAAAUUGCAAGCCUUUCCGUUUUUUACCGGAUACAUUUCGGAGAGUGUGCGGGGGAAUUGCACAACUUGAUUCCCCCUAGUCCUUUCCAUCAUCGAACCACAAGACAAUCGGCGAGGCGUCACCGUUUCAUGGUAGAUAUCCCACCCACUCGCACGAAGCGCUUCGCUUCAAGCUUCCUUGUGCGAACUGCUAGGGAGUGGAACUCCUUGCCGGAGUCUGUGUUUCCUGAUGGCUAUAACAUGGGUGUCUUCAAAGCCCGAGUGAAUAGGUUGCUUAUGGGCAGACGUGCUCCAUCGUAGGCCGCAUCAUUACUUACCAUCAGGCGAGAUAGCGGCCAAACGUCGACCCUUCAAAUGUAAAAAAAGAGCCGUCGGGGUUGCUAGUGACUAUCGACAAAUACUAUUGCUUCAAACUCAUGGUACAGGUACUAGUUUAUCUCUAUACAGCGUGUAACAAAAUACCCAUAUACAUCAAAAAGCCCUGAUGAAUACAGGUUGAAUAGAAUCUCUAAACAAAGUUUCAGCUUAAAACUAGUACCAAAUACUUGGUGUCGCAUGGUUCUUGAUUUCAAUUCAUACAAACGUGUCACAACACUACAGGGAUCACUCGCUAAUAUUACGAAACAUUUCUUCUGUCAAUUUGAAAAAUUCAUAAUUUGGUACCAUGAAAACAUGAGUUUAAAAAGCCCUUCCCGUAUCGUUUGUUAUGUUAUCUAGAAACCGUGCAAUUGAUAUGUAUACCCCCUUUUUGUUACAGAUUGUAGAUGCUUCAUACUUUUAUACUCUAAAGAUUUAAUUUUGCACAAAAAUACCUAUUAUAUUUGUAAGAGCUCUGCUUACCUCGAGUAAGGAUAUUAUAAUUUGUGUAAUUAUUAUUUAAUUAUUGUUUGAUUAUUAUUAUUUAUUGUUUCUUAGUUAAAUAAAAACCUUGAGUUAUUAA